CCCUGCCUGAUUUGUGGGCAAUGUUGGGGAUGUAGAAAAAAGAAAAAAAAAGGAAACCGGAGCAAAGAGAGAGAGAGAGGGAGAGAGAGAGAGGGAGACAACACUACCCGGGUAGCUAUGGAGAUAGUAGGUUUUCCUGGUAGCUUCUUUCUUUGACAGGUGUCGACUGGGAUAAAAAACUAAGUACACAGCAGCCUCCACGAUGUACGGCAAGGGUAAAGGAGCCGUGGUCCCCUCCGACAGCCAGGCCCGAGAGAAGUUAGCGCUGUACGUGUACGAGUACCUGCUACACGUGGGAGCACAGAAGUCCGCACAGACGUUCCUGUCUGAGAUUCGAUGGGAGAAGAAUAUAACAUUAGGGGAGCCUCCUGGAUUCCUCCACUCGUGGUGGUGUGUGUUCUGGGAUUUGUAUUGUGCGGCUCCGGACCGACGGGAGACGUGUGAGCACUCCAGUGAGGCGAAGGCCUUCCAUGACUAUAGCGCAGCGGCGGCGCCGAGCCCCGUGAUGGGCAACAUGCCCCCAACCGACACCAUGCCAGGUGGCCCCAUGCCCCCGGGCUUCUUCCAGGGACCACCCGGCUCUCAGCAGUCCCCCCAUGCACAGCCCCCCCCACACAACCCCAGCAACCCCAGCAACCCCAGCAACCCCAGCAACCCCAGCAACCCCAGCAACACCAGCAACCCCAGCAACCCCAGCAACCCCAGCAACCCCAGCAACCCCAGCAACCCCAUGAUGGGACCCCAUGGCCAGCCUUUCAUGUCACCACGGUAUCCAGGAGGACCGCGCCCCGCCCUCCGAAUGCCAAAUCAGCCUCCGGGGGGAAUCCCAGGAUCUCAGCCGCUCCUGCCAAACAGUUUGGACCCGACGAGACCGCAAGGACAUCCCAACAUGGGCGGACCGAUGAGAAUGAACCCGCCUCGAGGGAUGGCCAUGGGCCCACAGAAUUACGGCGGCAUGAGGCCUCCUCCCAACUCCAUGGGCGGCCCGAUGCCCGGAGUGAACAUGGGCCCCGGAGGACGAGGGCCUUGGCCAGGACCUAACGCCAACUCUAUAGCGUACUCCUCCUCUUCUCCAGGGAACUACGUGGGUCCUCCGGGCGGAGGAGGUCCACCUGGAACCCCCAUCAUGCCCAGUCCAGGAGAUUCCACCAACUCCAGUGAGAACAUCUACACGAUGAUGAACCCCAUCGGGCCGGGCGGCAACAGACCCAACUUCCCUAUGGGACCCGGGCCUGACGGGCCAAUGGGAGCCAUGGGAGCCAUGGAGCCGCACCACAUGAACGGAUCACUAGGGUCCGGGGACAUGGACGGGUUGCCAAAGAGCUCCCCUAACAACAUGGGAGGCAUGAACAACCCUCCUGGGACGCCGAGGGACGACGGAGAAAUGGGCGGAAACUUCUUGAACCCGUUUCAAAACGAAAGUCAUUCUGGGACGGCCCUCGAGCAUGCUGGGACUCUACUUGAGACGGGCCCUCCCGGAGCAGCGUGCAACAUGGCCGCCGGUCUGAACAGGAAGCGGUCGCGGGGCAACAGGAAGAGCCUCCUCUCCGACCACGGCGCUGGCCCCCCCCCCGGCUUCCUGUCGGGCUCCAGACAAUGAGGAUAAAGGGAGGGAGGAGAGAGGACAGAGGAGACUGGAACUAGUAGCAACUGUGUGUAAAUAUGCAGAUCCGGUCAGCAGCGUCUCCUCCGUAUGACAUCAUCACCCCCACCCCCCCCACGUUAGGCCUCCGCUCCUCUGCUGAACUGUACCGAGCACUUGGACCGUCUCCGUCUGCCGAUGAGUCCUCAAGACACUGUGAUGUACGUUUACGUUAGUUUUAUGGACGCUUCCGUUAGCUUAGCUUAGCUCAGACAUGUUGUGAGCUCCUUCUGGCUCAAAGCAGGAAGAGGAGGAGCUCUGUUGAGUGUGAAGGAGUGGCCUCCCUCCGCCCACCUUGAAGAAAAUGACCUUCCCCCCCUCACUCUUCCUCAGCAGUGACACUCUCGCACCUCUGAAUUCUGUUUUCUUUACAACUCUCACCAUCUUUGUUGUAUUACAUUUUCUUUUUUUUGUUCUGUAAAUACUGUAAAAUGCAUUUUGAUAUCAUUGACAUGUUUUGAUAUUUUCAAAUCGCAGCAUGUGUGUGUGUGUGUGUGUGUGUGUUCAGAAACUGGAGCUGCUAUGGACUAUUAUGCUAUUUCACCUCAUCACAGAUGUCGAGGGGCCUCGAAGGAGGAAAGAGGAGGGAGGAGGUGCUCUGAAGGCCUUUAGCUAACUCAUUGUCGCACACGUUUUUUUCAAAUUCAACCCUGUCCAGGGGCCUCCCUCCUCUGCCCUGGAGAAGAAGGAGGGGGGGGGGGGGUGUGAGUGAUUUUUUUUCACUCUGUGCAGGAACGGAAAUUAAAUCGGAGGCCGGUUUUUCACAAUAAAAUGCAUCCCUUCCACUGAGUUUGAACUUCCCUCUACCAGAGGACACAGACUUUUACCAUGAAGGAUUUUAUUUUGUAAUCUAUUUAAAAAUGGGGCCGGGGGAAGAAAUGUUUUUUUUUGGGGGGGGGGGGGGGGGUAAAAGAGGAGAAAUUUAAAAAAUCAAAUGAAGGGAGCGAUUUGUUCCUUCUCUGCUAUUCCUCCUGUUGUAUGAAUGCAGUGGAGUCUCUCUCUCACACGUUGAUCAUUUCUGUAUUUCUAUCGUGCUGAUGUAUAAACUGUAACAUUCAGGGGCCGGAGGGGAAGAGGAUGUUUUUAUUUUGUAUUUUAUUUUGAAGGGAGUAAAAUAAUUUGUUUCUGUUCAGUUCCUGAUGAUAAUAAUAAUUUGUUCUCCUCUUGAUGACAAGGCAGUAUUGAAGAUGAGCGUUGUCUCUCAUGUUAGGGUAGUCCAGAUCCUAAAUGUUCUAAGUGUAGAGGUUUCCUUCUUCGUACGUUUCUUUAUAUUGUAAAGUUUCUUUAGACAAAAAAUGUUAUUGCUUAUUGGAAGAAGAAAAAAAUAAGGUGGGAAAACUGCAUUGAUAAUAAAUGUCUUUAUUUUAAUUUUAUUUUAUUUCCAGUCGUCAGUGGUUUUUUGCCUGUGUCCCUUGUUGUAGAUACAUAUUAAAACAAAUAAAAUGACUUUACUCCUUUUGCCAUGAA